GUGAAAUAUCGUUUAUACCGUUUACCGGCGAGUAUUCCAUAUUCCAUUAAAUUUCGUGGCCUGCAAGCGGUGCGUUCAAUUUUUGUAUAAAACUAACACUCGACUCCAACUCAUUAGUAUUCAAGUCACACACUUCGGAGUGGGAGGACAAACCAAUACGCAAAUUUUGUAAUUUUUUGCAGUUGUAGCGCUCACAUUCACGAAAUGGCAUUCAAGUAUAUCGCUGUUGCAUUAUUGAUCGGUGCUGCUCAAGCCGGCAUUAUAUCUGUACAGGAGCAACAUGGAAUUCCCUUGGAGCAUCAUCAGCAUCAUGAGGCCGCCGCUUUGUAUCAUGCACCCGCACAACUAGCUCAUAUUGCUCAUGCACCAGUUGCACAGACAGUGCAUUUGUUACAAAAGCAGCACGCUGCCCACGAACAGUAUCCCGAUGAUCCUCAUCCUCAGUACAAUUUCGCCUAUGAUGUUCAGGAUGCUGUCUCCGGUGAUUCCAAGAGCCAGUCAGAAAGCCGCGACGGUGAUGUAGUCCAUGGUGAAUAUUCGUUGAACGAUGCUGAUGGUUUCCGUCGCACUGUCAAAUAUACCGCUGACUCUAUCAAUGGUUUCAACGCUGUCGUAGAACGUGAACCUCUAACUCAUAAAGUUUUGGCUGCUGCGCCUGUGCAGUAUCAUCAUGCUCCAGCGCAAUAUCAUCAUGCCCCCGUCCACGCUGCCCACGAGUACGCUGCAUUACCAGUUCAGCACCAAGUUGCCACACACACCAGCUACGAGGCUCCUCAUCAUGAAGAACAACAACACUACUACCAUCAUUAAUUGACAGGAAUGCCAUUUUUAAUCCGAUUCGCUUGCUCUGCUCUUGCCAUUGUAAAAAAAAGAAAAAUUAUAGAUAAGUAGUUAGCUAAAAUUUUAUAUAUCAAGUAUUAUGCAUUAAACCUAAAAAAAUAACAAAUAUCAAAAUGAUAUGAAUUAUUUGGCUGAAGAAAGCACUACCUAUUGAUCAGAAACAGAAGAAAUUUCAUUCCUGCUCCAAACUAUAAUAGCCC